CCAGUCUUGGAUUGUUCAAAGAAUUGUUGUUCAAAAUCUUCCUUCACCAUCUCUCAAAAUUUAUCUGAUCUUGUGCCCAGAUCCUACUCUCAUACCUAAUUCCGACAAUCGCAUGAAAUUUUCCGGAGCUAAUCACUUCUCAUGAGUUCUUCCGAGCCCGACGAGAACAGUGAGGAAGAGGAGACUCCUAAUUUCCCAUUGUCCCGUAGCUGUUUGGGGCGUGUACUGUUUCCCCUAGGAUUCCUUUUUCUUCCUAUUCUCGUGCUUUGUUCUGCUGUUUAUAUCGAUAAUUUACCGAUUCGGAACCCUAUUUCGCUCCACUCUCGGUGCAGAAUCGUUUCGAGCAGUGUGGACCUUAGGUCAUCUAAAGUAUGUGAACUGGGACUGUUGAAUUACAAAGCUAAAAAUGUACUUUACCCGCACGAAAGAAAGAAGUUUCGAUGUCGUUAUGAUUACUACUGGGCAUCUGUAUUUAAGGUUGAAUAUGUAGAUCAUUCAGGUCAGUCACGGCUAGCUUUCGCAGAAGCUCCUAGUGAAGCACUUCCCUCUGAAUGUAGACCCAAUUUUGUUACUGCUUGGCUGACUAAAGAUAGAUUCAAGGUGAACGAAACUUACAAAUGCCAGUACACAUUGGGAAUUUCUAUGGUCACCAUAUAUGAAGAUGGCCUUUUCAAUUGCCAAGCUAAAUAUGCAUCCACUGUUGAGAUGUCCAUUCGAUAUAUGAUCCUGUUCAGGAGGAUAUUAAAAUCUGUAUUUGCCAGUUCAAAUUUACCAAGUGCCUUGAUAUGGGUUGUGGCUGGGCUGCUCUCUGGGUUCUUUUCCUCGUAUGUUAUCAUAUCCUUGGCGAGACUUGUGUCGAAAUUCAGGACUAUCUCUAGCCAACUCUCCAUGGCUGGCUGGCUAAAUCGAUGUAAUGCAGUCCGUUUAAAGAGAGUUUGUUUGUUUUUAGCAUAUGUGUCCUUUUCAAGCUGGUUGGCCAUUCAAUACCUAAAAAGAAUAGGUCUCCCUGAUGCUAUAGUUUACAGUAGGUGAUAUGAGUAUAGUAGGAAUCAUUCGUUUAUAGAUGCGCCAGUAUUUGUGUAGCAGUUGUGCGCUUUACACAUUCAUUAGUAAAAUCCAUGUUCAUUA